CUAUCCAGCGCUGAGAGAGCCACACACCCUCCUGCUCCUAUACACUACUUUACCUCACUCUUCUGUUCACCUGAACGUUCACACCCCGUCCGUCCGGAUGAGUUAUCCGAUAGACGCUAUAGGAAGCCCUUACCGGAGGGUGAUGGACACCAGGACGAGCUACUCGAGCCCCUCCAGCGGGUUUCGCUCCCAGACCUGGUCGCGGGCAAGCCCCAGCUCUUCUUCCUACAAGAGGACCUUCAACGUCCCGGUGGCGCGAGCUUACGGCUCAUCAGUUCUGAGCUCCACCGACAGCCUCGAUUACACCCAGACCUCCAUCAUCAAUGGAGACUACAAGCGCUCCAACGAGAAGGAGCAACUCCAGGGACUCAACGACCGCUUUGCCGGCUACAUCGACAAGGUGCACUUUCUGGAGCAGCAGAACAAGCAGAUCGAGGCGGAGAUCCAGGCACUGCGGCAGAAGCAGGUGUCGCAGUCUCAGCUGGGCGAACUUUACGACCAAGAGCUGCAGGAGUUGCGCUCCACGCUGGAGCAGAUCCAUCACGAGAAGGCGCAGAUCCAACUGGACACCGAGCACAUCGACGAAGACAUCCAGCGCCUCAGGGACCGCUUCGACGAGGAAGCGCGCAUCAGGGAAGAGACGGAGGCGAUAGUCCGUGCCCUGAAGAAGGACAUGGGUGACUCAGCACUCGCCAAAGCCGAGCUGGAGAAGAAAGUGCAGUCCCUGCAGGACGAGAUCGCGUUUAUCCGCAACAACCACCAAGAGGAGAUCAGCGAUCUGUUGGCGCAGGUGCAAGCGUCGCAGAUCACCGUGGAGAAGAGGGACUACCAGAAGGCGGAUAUCACCGAAGCGCUGAGGGAGAUUCGCUCGCAGCUGGAGGGCCACUCGACGCAAAACCUCCAGCAGGUGGAAGACUGGUUCGUGUGCCGCUACUCCAAACUCACGGAGGCCGCCGAGCAAAAUAAAAGUGCCGUCAAAUCCGCACGGGACGAGAUCGCAGACUAUCGCCGUCAGUUACAGUCCAAAACCAUCGAGUUGGAGUCUGUCCGAGGAACCAAAGAGUCUCUGGAGAGGCAGCUGAACGACAUAGAGGACCGACACAACAAUGACCUAGCCAGCCUUCAGGAAACUAUCCACCAGCUGGAGAAUGAACUCAAGAGUACGAAAUGGGAGAUGGCACGACAUCUUCGCGAAUACCAGGACCUCCUGAAUGUCAAAAUGGCACUAGAUAUAGAGAUUGCUGCAUACAGAAAACUUCUUGAAGGAGAGGAGAGCCACUUUAGCACUUUCCCAUAUCGCCAGUCCGUCACCAAAGGCCCCAAGGUCAAAAGAGAGCCUCCAAAGCUUAAAGUGCAACACAAGUUUGUAGAGGAGAUCAUUGAGGAGACCAGGGUGGAGGAUGAGAAGUCUGAGAUGGAUGAGGCUUUGGCUGAGAUGGCAGAAGAGUUGUCCGCUGCCAAGGGAGAAGAAAAAGGAGAGGAGGAGGGAGAGGAGGAGGGUAAGGAUGAAGAAGGUGGUGAGGAGGAAGGUGAGAAAGUAAAGGAAGGUGAAGGUGAGGAGGAAAAAGAAACAGAGGAGGAGGUGGUUGCCUCUAGCCAAGCCAAAGUAGCCUCCGGAGCCCCUGCUGAGGAUGAAGAGGAGGGAGAGAAAGAGGGAGGUGAAAAAGCAGAAGAAGAAGAAGAAGCAAAGGGUGAUGAAGAGGAAGAGAAGGGUGAAGAGGAGGGUGAAGAGGAAAAGAAAGAGGAUGAUGCAGAGGAGGAAGCAGAGGAAACUAAAGCACCCGAGGCAAAGGCCUCUCCUGAGACUGAGAAAGCAGAGGAGAAACAGACCAGCAGAGGAGGAGAAGAAGCAGAAGAAGAGGCUGAUGAGAAAGUUGAGGCAGAUGCAGGUAGCGACAAAGGAUCCCCUGGUGAAAAAGAACCAGAAGCAAAGGAGCAGCCUAAGAAAGUAGAAGCAGAAGCGACAAAGGAAGACAAGAAAGAAAAAGAGGAGAAGGAGGAGCCCAAACCUGAAAAGGAAAAGGCAGCUGUGACAGAAACCAAGACAGAGACAGCUAAACCAGAAUCUCCAAAGAGCGAAAGCCCGAAGGAAACACCGAAGACAGAGGAUCCAAAAAAGGAAGCCCCCAAGACUGAGAGUCCUACGAAAGAAGAACCUAAGGCAGAACCACCCAAGAAAGAGGCCCCAAAGUCAGAGCCACCGAAAACAGAAACUAAAGAAGAUUCCCCAAAGCCAGCAGAUGAGAAAGCCACUAAAAAGAGUGAACCAGAAAAAGAGCCUGAAGACAAAAAGAAGGAGGCCACCGUGAACGGAGAAAUGGGUAAGAAAGACGAGAAGAAAGAGUCUGAUAAGAAGGAGGCGAUCUCUAACGGAGUGGACGAGAGCCCAACCAAAGAUGAAUCCAGCCAGAGGGUUGUGAUCACCAAGACAGUGGAGACCAUCACCACAGGUGAAGGUGGAGUCAAGCAAGUCACAAAAACGGUUACCGUCACUGAGAAAGGAGAGGAGGUGGAGGAAACCGUCCAGGAGAAGGUGGUCUCCAAAACCUUGGAGAAGCAGGAAGUGAAAGCCACCGAAGCAGAUUAGACCCUAGUCCAGCUAUAACUGAACGAAGAGGAACCGGGGAGGAAGCAUAUCAAGCAAUCAACACAAAACUAACAUAAUGAAUAAAUCAUAAAGCUCAACAGAUGUAUUACAUUAAUCACACUGAAUCAAAAACAAGCAUAGAGAGAAGCCAUAAGAUGCGGCAAGCUAAAAAAUGCAUGUUGAGUGACAGCUUUAAAUGGGUUAUGCUGCAUAUGCGGUCCGGGACGCCGGGGACUCACUUUCACUUUUGUUCAAAUUGCAAUACCUGGGGGAGGGGGGCGGUCACUUGAAUGUGGCAUCUGCAUGCCAGCUCAAAGGGGGAGUGCACUCCUCGUUUUAUGAGAUAGAAAAAUAACCACCCUAUGUAUGACAGUAUUAUAAAAUACGCACAGAGCGGUGGGGAAUGACAUUUACUUUGAAUUAGAGCAACGAGGAAUGUAGAGACGUGUUCUGACAGAAGUAGCCUUAUAAAUAUUAUCGUGAGGACACCAACUGAGCCAAAAGUGUAAAAAAAAAAGUAAAAAAAAAAAAGGAUGAAGACGAUGGUGAAAAUAUCCCAUGGUCAUAUACACACAGUACAGAAAGCAACUAAGAAACUCUUAGCCUUAAACAUGCUUUUUACGGUUGUCAGUUAUGUUUACCUGAUGAGUGCAUUUGAAAAUAAACCCAUCAAUGCGCACAUACAUUCUUGAAUGCAUAGGAUUGACUUGAAUUCAAAUACUUACCGUUAAUGAGGUGCUACCGUUUGCAGUCCCAUGUGUUUGGUCAUCUGAAUGAAUUUCUCAGCAGCAUUUGCUCAAUAAACACCAUAUUAAAAUAUACUA